AUGGGUGGAUUGGGAAGGACAACCCUUGUCAGGAAAGUUGUCAACAAGAUUAAGAACAACUUUGAUUGCUUCGCAUGGAUAACCAUCUCCAAGUCCGACAAGAACGAGGAGCUUCUAUGGACCAUGCUAAAGCACGUGUUCGAAUCUACUGGCAAACAGGUUCCAAGCUCGUUCCACACCAUCAACCAGCUCCAGCUGAAGGAUAAACUUCGGGCCUAUCUCCAACACAAAAGCCACAUCUCUGCCCAGGUUCAUAACCUCCAGCCGCUGCCAUUAGAUAAGGCUCACGAGCUUUUUUACAAGAAAAUUUUCCCGUCAUCUGGUGAUUGUCCUGCAGGGUUGCUAGCCUGGUCAGACAUGAUCUUAGAAAGAUGCGAAGGGUUGCCUUUGGCAAUUGCCGCCCUAGGCACUCUACUGUCCCAUGCAGAGAGGACAACAGAUGCAUGGAAGAAGCUACACGACAGCCUUGGGGCUAAGCUACAUAUGAAUGGCUGUCUUUCGAGUACUAGAAAAGUGUUGUCCAUCUGUUACGACGACUCGCCUUAUUAUCUGAGCCUUUUCAUGUUUGGCAUGGAAGCUCUCUUUGCUACCCAGAAUAUCCGCAAAAGCUUUUGCAUUCUGAAGGUUUUGGACUUGGAAGUUGCUCCACUAGACAUGUUUCCUCAAGUCAUGUGUGAACGUCUCCUUCUUCGGUACCUAAGCUUGAGAGAUACAAAAAUCCAGAAGCUUCCAAAGUCCCUAGGUAGGCUUCAAAAUUUAGAAACUUUGGAUCUUAAGCAAACUCUAGUCACUCAGUUGCAUGAUAACAUACUCAGACUCGAGAAACUGAGGCAUCUGUUAGUUGAUCACCGCCUCACAGAGAAUUUUCCAAGUGAACAGAUAAGAGGAUUCAAGACAUCGUCAAAAAUAGGGAGGUUGGAAGCCUUACAGAAACUAUCGUAUAUAAGAGCCGGUAAGAAUGGUGGCAGAGUCAUUCAAGCCCUGGGAAACUUGACACAACUAAGGAAACUGGGAAUUGUUGAACAGGCAGAAGAAGAUGGAAAACACUUGAGCCACUCAAUUAAGAAGAUGGUGAACCUUCGUUCCUUGGAUGUAAAAUCAAUCAAGGGGGAGUUUCGGGAUCUAGUUGUGGUAUCUUCUCCUCCACUUCUUCAAAGUUUGUAUCUAAACCGGCGGUUGCAAAAGUUGCUUGAUGCCUACACUGGAACCAAAUUGGAUUUUCUUCCAGGAAAGUUUCAAAAAUCUGAAGAUAAUACAAAUAGAAAACUUGAACAUGCUAGAAUUGGUGGUGGUGGGAACAGCUCUCUGUCUAGCCUGGAGAAGCUUGUUAUAAGCCAGUGUAGAAAAAUACAGGAUGUUCCUGAAGGUAUUAGCGAAUUGGCAAGGCUCAAAGAAUUAAACCUGUACAAUAUGUCAGAGAAGCUUGUCAGUGGGCUUGAAAAAAAUGGCGGCCAGUUCCAUGGGCUUGUCAAACACAUCCCCUCUCAUUCAUUUGUAUUCUCUUCGUAG